AUGCCAAUCCCUGUCCCCAACGACGAGCAGCUCUCUGAAUGUGUGCGGUUGCCUGACCCGCCACAUGACCCACCAACGUUGGAGGAUGUCGGAGCCGCACUUGAUCUGUCUGCCCAAGCCCAUGUCCACUACACGCAGCAACGUCUGAACAAAACACAGCUUGGAGAGGCUACGGCCUAUUUCUUUAUGUUCGCGAACAACGCGCCAUGGUUUGGGGAGGGCCUCAGAAACCAUUUCCCGGCCAUUAGGACAGAACUCGUAGAGGCGAUGACAGAAGAUGUUGAACGCGUUGCGAGAGAAACUGUCCCUGGAAUCGUCCAAGACUCUCUCCCAGAUGCGUUGAAGCAGGCCAUUGAUCUCGCACUUGCACAACAGAUAGAACAACUGAGUCAAAGGCUUGACACCAAGAUCGAAAAUGUGGGGAAAAGGUUGGACGAAAAACUCGAGCAACUGGAUGGAAAGUUUGAGCAAUUGGAUGGAAAGUUCGAGCGAUUGGAUGAAAAGUUUGAGCGACUCGAUGGCCAAGUCAACAAUCUCCAGGGCUCAGUCAAACGGCUUGAGAAUGUGGUGGUUGAGUUGAAUCGUCUUACUAAACAAAACAUGAAUCGAUUGAGAGGAAAAGGAAAUAUCUAA